CCACCUUUACAUAAACACACAAAAAAGUGAAAAAACAAAAACAAAAAACCAAACAUCACACAAAGGUCCCAACAAUCUUAACUCGCUGUCUUCUUCUUCUUCUUCUUCUUCUUUUUCUCAUUCAAUUUUUUCUUUUAACUUCAAUCGGAAGCCACAACAAGAUGUCAAAUCCCGACGGCGAUUCGUCUCCCAAGGUACACGUGGAGCCUCCGCCGGUGGAGGCUUCUGCGCCCCGUGCGGCGGCGAGCGGCGGAAUCGGCGGAAUCCUGCGGCGGUGGAAGAGGGAGGACUUGAUGAAGAGAGGGUCGUUGGCACUCAGAGGGAUCGCUUUGCUUUUCUCUCUCAUCUCCUUCGUUAUCAUAGCCAGUAAUAAACACGGCGAUUGGAGAGAGUUCGAUAAAUAUGAAGAGUACAGGUAUUUGCUGGCUAUAGCGAUUUUGUCUUGUUUGUACACUGGAGCCCAAGCGUUCCGUCAAAUUCAGGAACUUUCUACUGCGAAACAAUUCCUUCAGCCAAGAAUGGCAGCUAUGGUUGACUUUUUUGGUGAUCAGAUCAUGGCAUAUCUUUUGAUAUCAUCAGCAUCUUCAGCAAUUCCAAUAACAAAUAGAAUGAGGGAAGGGGCAGACAAUAUAUUUACAGACUCUUCAGCUUCAGCCAUUAGCUUGUCUAUUUUUGCCUUCUUUUGUCUAGCGGUGUCAGCCCUCAUUUCAGGCUACAAACUGUCAACUCAACCUUAUAUCUGAACUCUGAACUCUGCAAAACCCUCCCUAUUAUUGUUUCAUACUUCUAUACAAAUCACAAUUUUUCUGUAUAUUAAUGAUGAGAAAGGGAGUCAGGCCACACCUCUCUGAGUCUGUGCAUAUGUUACAGUGAGAUAUGAUAUUGAUUUCAUAUACAAAUACAUGUAAUGUUUAAUCUUUCUUCUUGUACUUGAGACUGGUAAUUGACCAAUUUGGCCAAAAGAAAAAUAAUGUGGUGAAUGCACUAUUUGUGUCUGACUGAGACGCAAGCAAUAGCAGUCAGAACUGAAUUUCAUUUU